UAAAAUAUAUAUAUGUAAGGAAGAAGAAGAACCCUAACCAACAAGCCAGCUGGUGUUAAAUAUUUACUUCCCCACUUAUGUUUCUAAUUUAAAAUGUUACUUCACAGCUACAGAUGAACAACUUCCUUAGCCACAGCUUUGUCAUUCAGCGGCUUCUAGUAACAGUCCUGUGGCUGAUAGCUAGCCAGCUGGCUAACAGCAGCUAACCGCAGCUAGUCAAACUUUUCAACACUGGAAAGAGAGGAUGGACUCUUGUGUUUUUACGGCCAUUUCUAAAGAUGAGGCCUUACCUCUGGCGUCACUGCGCCUCCUGGUCCCACCUCUGCAGCUCAUGACAGCCUGGAUGUGGCAGGUGCUGAAGAGACAGGACGUCAUGAACUACUGGAAUGUGGCAGAGUUUGUCGCACUGGUAAUGGACAUGGUUCCAGAGCUGCUUAUGUACAAGCACAGAACACAACUGAAUUUGGGAUUAAAAGCCAGGUACAUCCUUGAGUUGUGCCGAUUUGAACUUGCUGAAACUGACUUAAUCUUAUCUCACCUGGACAAGAUUAAAUCUCAGCACAGCACCCAGAUGGAAACAGCAGAGGAGGAAAAAGUAGUAGUUCACUUUCUUGAGUUAAUCCAAGCUCUGCUCAAAGAUCCUGAAGAGAGAAGAGACUUUUUCUCAGAGGUCUUCCCUGCAGAGUAUGGGCCACAAUAUCACAGUGAUCUGCUGACACUGUUUUGGGAAUUCCACUGUCGGCUUGCUCAGCUGUUGCCCGUUCCUGACCUUGAACAGACAAUGUCCUGGCUUGGAGCUGAACAGUCACUGCUGGAGGAUUGUGUGCAUUCCUUCUCCAAGCCUGCAGACCUGAAACAUUUACUCCAGCACCACAAAAGCUUGGGACAUUUAGAGCAACACGUACCUCCAUGUGGCAUGGGCGACAGCAUCCUUUCCUCCCUCUCUGCAGGUCCUCUUAGGAAAGUGACAACAACUACAGAAGAGUCCCAAUCAGGUUCACUGUCAGGCUUCAGUGAUGAAACACAGACUGUAUCAUUUGUGGAUGAUGUAGCAGUUGAAAUAAUCACCGUCACAGAUUACGCAGAGGUUGAAUUAGCCACAUGCACAGACAAUGGGGUCAUUAUGGGAGAACACUGCUAUGAAACUACAGACGGUGGCACAGAGGCUGACAUUUCCUUGGUAAUACUUCCUGAAAAGGUGUCCAGUGAGGAGGAAGCUGAUGAAGCAGAGGGAGGAGGGACACAAGGAAAGGCUGAAAGUGCUUUGAUAGACCAGAGAUUUUGCCAACCAGAAUAUGACAAGGACCAAGACCAAGCUUCCCCCCAACACAAAGUCUGUGUAGGUCCUCAUGACUGUCCAGACUGUGAAAAGAAAUUUCAGUUUGCCUCUUCACUAACUGCCCACAGGGUCAUCCACACUGGCGAACGCCCCCACUGCUGCAAUGACUGUGGUCGCUGCUUCUCUUUCAGACAGUCCCUCGACAGGCACAGACGCACGCACAAAAUUGGACGCAAAUAUGACUGCGCCAUCUGUGGUGAGACUUUCCUCUCCUUGUCAGCCCGCACAGAGCACAAGCAAACACACAUGGAAGACGGUGUUUACAUGUGUCAGCAGUGCAACAGGAAAUUCAACUGGGAGCUGGCAUUUGCCAGGCACUUAAAAACUCAUAUGGAUUGUCACACUGCUAACAAGCUCAUAGAUGAUGAUGAUGAUCAUGAUGAGCGAGAGAUUGAUUUAAGUGUUGAAGAUAUCUGCAAGGAUCCUGUGAAGUGUCUGGAGCCUGGUUGUGAGGUGCAACUGCAAGCAGAUGAUAACAGUGAUAAGGAUCCAGAGAAAGCAGAUGUUCAGACCAGUGAACUCAUCACCUGUGAUUCUGGAGGCCUGGUCCCUGAACUCCAUAAUCAAAUCGCCUCUACGUUGAAGGUCCGCACAAGUGGGCGCAAACGCAAACCAACCAUGAAGGUUCAGGUGAUAAAUUUACAGAAGAGCAUAACUAUGAAGAGAAAGAAGAUUAUCAAUCCUGUGAUCCUGAAGCCUCUUCCUGUGAGCUGUGCAGAGCACUCUUAUGGGUCACCAAUGGCCUCAUCAAAGGACAGUGAUGGAAGAUCUGUAGCCGAUAUCGCAUCCACUACUUUGUCCUGUUCAAAGUGCUCGCUUCACCAUUCAGAUGACGUGCAGGUUCAGCAGCACAGUGACAGCGUCCGCUCUGCUGAGACUGAGGAGCAGGAGGACAUGACAUCCCUUCUGCCUCUCCCAGAUGAAGAGGGAAGUUUUGCUUGUGCAGACUGUGAGAAGAGCUUCAAGUUCCAGUCUUUACUUAAAGCCCAUCAGCGCAUCCACACAGGUGAACAGCCGUUCCUCUGUUCACAGUGCGGACGGCGUUUCUCCUUCAAACAGUCACUGGAGCGGCACAAGCAGACACACAAGUCUGGCCGCAAAUACAAGUGCCUGAUCUGUGGGGAGUUCUUCAAGACGUCACUGGCCCAGAGGGAACACAAGAGCACCCACAUGGAGAAUGGGGAGUAUUUAUGUUCAGAGUGUGGUAGGGCAUUCGCCUGGAAGUCGGCACUAGUGAGACAUCUGAAGAUCCACGGAGAAGAUGCUAACAAGGAUGAGCAUUCUUACAGAUGCCCUCAUUGUGACCUGAGCUUCAGCUGUGCCAGCUACUUGAACAGGCACAUUCAGACUCACCAGGAAGAAAGAGUGUACACGUGCAACUGUGGAAAGAGCUUUGCCUACCAAGCCGCUCUCACUGCACACCAACGCAUCCAUCUGAAGGAGCGGCGGCACAUAUGCACUCAGUGUGGCAAGGGAUUUCUCUACCGGGGGGGUUUGCUGAGCCACAUGAAGAUCCACUCUGAGGAGAUGCCCUUCAUAUGCUCCUUCUGCGGCAAGAGCUUCAAGAGGGAGCGCAACAUGAAGAAGCAUGAGCGCUGCCACACCAGAGAAAAUGUUUUCAGCUGCUCACAGUGCGACAAGAGUUUUGUGUACAAGGCCACUCUGAUCCGUCACGAGCUGACUCAUUCCGGUGAGAGGCCAUAUCUCUGCUCCGACUGUGGGAAGGGUUUCUUUUCCCAUGCAGAGCUCCUGAAGCAUGAACGUUUCCACACGGGCCACAAACCAUUCCAGUGCCCCCACUGUGGCAAGAAAUUUACUCAGUCCUGUUACCUGACCGUCCACCUGCGCUAUCACACCGGAGUGCGACCUUACGCCUGCACCGAAUGUGACAAGAGCUUCCUGAGUGCCAACAGGCUCAAGAGACACCAACGAACACAUUCAGGAGAAAAACCAUACCUCUGUGGAGAAUGUGGGAAGGGUUUCAGGCAGGCGUAUAAUCUCAAAAUGCAUCAACGGACCCAUCUCAUGACUUUAACAUAGACUGACACUUUGGGAAGUUACAGUGGGAGUGAAGUAACUUCAAAAAUGAUUACUGUGAACUGCAUUUAAUAUAGAAUCUUGUGCUGAAAACCAAUUAAAGCUGCUGUCAGCGAU